UGCUUUUUGACAGUUAUUUGAAGAUGGCCAGGCCACUUGACCUGAUUAUAUGGUUCACUGUGGUGAUUUUCUCAGAGGAAUCAAGUCAGAACCAGGAAAGUGCAUACAUUGGGGAUAAUGUGACACUUGACUGCCUCAGUGCGAUAUCUGGUGGAAAAUUUAAGUGGCACAAAUUGAGUCCAAAAGUCGAGAAUUUAAAUAGCACUGGAUCAACGUACACCAUUCAGUCUGCAACUCCCUCUGACAGUGGGACAUACAAGUGCGAAACAGACAAAAGUGCUCUUCCUCAUAUCUCACACUCUGGCACAACUGUGACAUUGACUGUUCAGGAGAGGACAGCCAGACUUGAAGUGAUUACACGACAUACAGGUGGAUGGAUAUUUGAGGGAGAUCAAAUCAGCAUGACAUGUCACGUGGACGGAGAUCCUGUUGGUUGGACAUAUGAGCUUCACAUGAGUUGGGGGGUGACGCCAUAUAUGUCUCAAAUGGAGCGGACCUUUACCUUCAACUCUGUGACUCUUUCACAGGGAGGGAAUUACACCUGUCGAGCUAGGAAAGGAGAUCUUUACUCAAAUUUCAGUAAGCCAGUUCCCAUCCGUGUGUCAGCACUGGCUGUGACUUUAACUGCAUCUCCAAAAAGUCCCAUGAAGGAGAGUGACUCUCUGCAGCUCGUUUGCACAUGGAGGGGGAAUGGACGCUCCAGCUCAAACCUCACUUAUAGCUUUUUGAGAAACAAUAUGACUGUGAAGAAGAGUAGCAGCUCUUCAGUGUUCAGUAUUAAAGAGAUUGAAAAAAGUCACACUGGGAAUUACACGUGUGCUGUGGAGUCACCAGGAGGAGGAAAAGCUUACAGCGAUGACAUAGAGAUUGAAGUUCAAGCUCUGACCGUCACUUUAACCGUAGCUCCUGGAGGUUCUGUGAUGGAAGGAGACUUUCUCAUCCUGAAUUGCACAUUGUGGGUCAAUGGAAGUUCCAGCUCAAAGCUCAACUUCAGCUUCUGGAGGGACUGCAUGUCUGUUAAGAAUGACAGCGACUUUCCAGUUUUCAGUAUACAGGAAAUAAAUAAAAGUCAUAGUGGGAAUUACACGUGUGCCGUGGAGCUACCAGGAGGAGACAGAACAUACAGCAAUACAGUAAAUGUUCAAAUACAAGCUCCUCAGGUCACUGGUAUUCCAGGUGGCGCUGGACUCUGUCUGCUUCUUCUAAUAAUUCCGCUGCUCCUGCUCCUUUGUGCUUAUCACAGGAUUCGAGGUUUACUGCGCGCUCUGUGGAGAAGGAGACGCUCAUUGAGAAAGUGCCAUAUGCCUCCUGAAACGUGAUGAAAUGACAAGCAAUUGUCCUCUGUGUACCAGCAUGCUUUUGAUAUGUCAUCGUGUAAAGCAAAGCAAGUGUGACAAGAGAUCAAGUGUUGCUUAUUCUAUAAAUGGCCUCCACACAUUUGUUGGGACCCCUAGAAAUAACUGGAUUUAAGUGAUUUUGCAAAGUCACUGUUUUCUAGAAUUCAUAUCACACAUGUCUGCAAUCAAUUAUUCAGCUGAUUUAAAUGGAGAGAAGUUGUCCCUUUGCUGUUUGGUGUCAUUGUGAGUCCCACACCAGAGAAAGCAAAUGAGAGAGUCGUCUGAGGAGAUCAGAAGGAAAAUGACAGACAAGCAUGUGAAAGGAUGCCAAGCAGCUUGAUGUUACAGUGACAACAGUUGCAAAUAUUAUUAAGAAGUUUGAGGCCCAUGGAGCUGUAGCUAACCUCCAUGGACACAAGAGGAAAAGCGACCCCAGAAUGUGCAGAAGGAUAGUGAGAAUGAGAGAGACAAAACCAAGAAGAACUUCCAAAGAGGUACAAGCUGAACUCCAAGGUCGAGUUCUAUCAUUGUCUGACCGCACCAUCUGCUGCUUUUUGAGUGACAGUGGGCUCAAUGGAAGAAGACCCAGGGUGGCUCCACAUUAAAAAGCCAGACUGGAAUUUGCUAAAAUGCUUCUGGGAUAAUAUCCUUUGGACAAAUAAGACAAAACUGGAUCUUUUGGGCAAGUCACAUCAGCUCUAUGUCCACAUAAGAAACAAUGAAGCUUUCAAAGAAAAGAACACCAUACUUACUAAGAAACAUGGCGGACUCUCGCUUAAGUUUUUGGGCUGCUUUGCUACAUCUGGUACAGAGUGCCUUGAGUAUUUACAGGGGACUAUGAAAUUUCAAGACUAUCGAGAUAUUCUGGAGCAAAACAUCCUGCCCUGGGUCAGAAAGCUCAGUCACAGGUCAUGGAUCCUGCAACAGCCAAAAGCACCCAAGAAUGGCUGAGAACAAAACAUUGGACUGUUCUGAAGUGGUCUUUUAUGAGCCCCGGUUUGAAUCUUAUCAAACAUCAAUGAAAAGAACUGAAACAUGCCGUCUGGAGAAGAACCCUUCAAACCUGGCCCAGCCUGAGCAGUUUGCUGUGGACGAGUGUCCCAAAUGACCUGCACAGAGAACUCCAGGAAUUACUUGCUAGCAGUGACUAACUAAAGGUUGGGCAACAAAGGGUCCAAUCAUUUUUGUCCAUGCCAUUUUCCUUUGUGUUAUUAUUUGAAAUAUUCUGUUGAUUUAAAACUUGUAAGCAAAGUCUGAUUUUUAUUCAAUACGGAAUAAACAACGAUAGCCGCAAACAACUUUUGUAAGGUUCAAGUUAUUUCAGAGACAAUUGUGGGUUCUUGUUUUUUCGUGUAGGGGCACCAAUAACUUUGUCCACGUCUGUAUGUCCAGAACCUCCGUAUGAGUCAGAUACUACACAUGUUCUACAUGCUACCUCACUACUGCUUGGUGUGCAUUAGUCAAAUACAAUAAUUUGAUUUGACUACACGAGUCACCAUUUAUUCAAACAAAUUUGGCUCAAUCUUUACUGAUGCCUUUUGAAAACCUAAAAGAGGUCCCCACAUAGCCUCCUCUGCUUGAGACUGAGCAGGGUUUAAUUCUCUGAUUCUGUCAUGUCCAUAAGUCCCAGGAUGCACUUGGUUGUUCUCAUCUGUUCAACUUCAAGUGUUGCUAUGUCUUUCUUGUAGCGUGUUGACCAGAACUGCACACACAAUUCCAGAUGUGGUCUCACUAGUGCAUGAAUUAGUCUAAGCGUAAUGUCCUUAAUUUUACAUUCAACAAUUUUAAUGACAUAACAUAACAGAUUGUUUGCCCUUUUAAUUGCUUUUGCACAUUGCUUAGAAGAUGAGAAUGUUGUGUUAACAGAAACCCAUAAGUUAUAUAUAUAUACUGUGUAUAUAUAUAACUGUAUAUAUACAUUUACAUACAGGCUGCACACCAGGCCCCAAACUCCUUUGACACAACUAUGCAGGCGAACUUCCUGGGUGCAAAUAUACUGUACAUAUUGUAUUUGUCACAAUGUCCCUUAAGAAGCUCACUACAGUGCACCUUCCAUUCCCUUUGUGUCUCUUUUCUUAUCCUUCACACGUCCCAGUCGAGUGUCGUCUUUUCCCACCCGACUGCGACCCCCAGCAGUGGAAUGCUCACGAAUAAAGUGCGUCUGGUGUCCAAACCUUUGUCUCUAGGAAGCAUUCUAUAUAAAUGACCUUUAUUUGGGGACUAGUUAUUAUUAUUAUUAAUAUCAUUAAUAUUAUUAUUAUCAGUAAACAGCAUCCCUACACAGACUGCAGAGCCGAGCUCUCUGACAUGUUGCAGGCUCCCUCUAGUGGUCACUUACAUUAAAUGUUGUCACUCGAGAGUUCUUUUUUUGUCCCAAAGUGUCAUCUUUGACCCCGGCUUUCUUUGUUUU